AUGGAGAGCAAAUCAAAUGAGGGGCAAGAAAAGCAGCAAAUCCCACUCCUCACACCCUACAAAAUGGGGAAGUUUGAGCUUUCUCACAGAAUUGUUCUGGCACCACUGACUAGGCAGAGAUCCUAUGGCAAUGUACCUCAGCCACAUGCUGUAUUGUAUUACAGCCAAAGAGCAACAAAAGGUGGUUUUAUGUUGACUGAAGCCACUGGAGUUUCUGAUACUGCACAAGGGUACACAUAUACUCCAGGUAUAUGGACCAAAGAACAAGUUGAGGCAUGGAAGCCUAUUGUGGAUGCAGUUCAUGCUAAAGGUGCAGUUUUUUUUUGUCAAUUGUGGCAUGUUGGCAGGGUCUCAAACACAGAUUUUCAGCCAAAUGGACAGAAUCCAAUAUCAUGCACAGACAAAGGAGUAACUUCACAGUAUAAAGCCAAUGGCUCGGAUCUUGUGCAUUUUUCUCCUCCGAGACGUUUAAGAACCGACGAGAUCCCACAAAUCGUCAAUGAUUUCAGACUCGCAGCAAGAAAUGCUAUAGAAGCUGGUUUUGACGGGGUAGAGAUCCACGGGGCCCACGCCUACCUAAUCGACCAGUUUCUCAAGGACCAAGUCAAUGACCGUACGGACCAAUACGGAGGAUCCCUCGAGAACCGUUGCCGGUUUGCACUCGAAAUAGUCGAGGCCGUGACUAACGAAGUCGGGGCUUAUCGAGUCGGCAUUAGGCUAUCCCCUUUCACGGACUUCAUGGAGUGUGUCGAUUCGAACCCUAGUGCUCUCGGGCUUUACAUGGCCCAUGCACUAAACAAAUACAAUGUCCUUUAUUGCCAUGCAGUCGAGCCUCGAAUGGCAAGUGCCGAGGAAAAAUCACCGGCCCACCACAGCCUUGUCCCGAUGCGGAAGGCUUUUAAAGGCACGUUUAUUGCGGCCGGAGGUUACGAUCGUGAGGAUGGAAAUAAGGCCGUGGCUGAAGAUCGUGCGGAUUUAGUUGCUUACGGCCGGUUUUAUUUGGCGAAUCCUGAUUUGCCGAAAAGGUUUGAGAUCGAUGCGGGGCUUAAUAAAUACGAUAGGGAGACUUUUUACACGGCUGAUCCGGUUGUUGGGUAUACUGAUUACCCGUUUCUUGAACAAAUCGCGUGA